UCUGACACGCUACAUUCCCCACAAUCCUUUGCAAGCUACACUGCUGUUGUUGGUGAAGUGAAAGCUUUCUCUCUUGUCACUGGAUGGUAUCAAAUACCGUAGUUUGUUUUUUUGUCGGCGUAGCUAUUUAACAUUAUAUUGCAGUGGGAUCAUGAGGGUUUUUUUGCCUGUUUUGUACAGCAUGUUUAUAUGUAAACUAUCUUACAACAGAAAGUGACAGCGGCGAGUAAAAAAAAAAAACUGAACGUCUGUCGAGUCUUUUUUUUAGCAACUUUGUUUUAUUGAAAACAUGCUAGCUCAUUUUAAUAAUUAUAAUAAUAAUACGCACACACAGAAAGCUCAGUGUUUGUAAUAUGUAGUUUUGUUUAAGAUGUUUGUUUACUGCAAAAACAGAGCUAAAGCCUUUUCACAGUCAUGAUUGCAGAGAGAUUAUUCAUUAAAUGAUUUAAAUCAUUCACAAAGCAUAACCAUUGCAAAUUUCAGUCUCUCUGGCCUAUUUUAACCUGAAGAAGAGACCUUUGACGCCUUGUAAGCUUGUGAUUAAUUAUUGUUUAGUCAGUCCAAUAAAAGGAAUCGCAUCUCAUUGUCUAUGUAUGCACUUACACAAAUGCAUGUUUAGAGGAAGAGCCCUGUAGAAUCUAUACAGAAAUACAUUCAAGGAAUAUAGGUAUAUAUCUAUAGGGUAUUCUCACUGUUGCAUUUAGGAAGACAUGUCACCACCACACCUGGCCUUCUCCUCUAGACGGUCACCUGUUGUUUGCACUAAUGGCUGUGUUGCCUCAAGCCAGCCUUUAGCAACAGCUAUUGGCCUGGAUAUAUUAAAGAGAGGAGGGAAUGCUGCAGAUGCUGCUGUAGCAGUAGCAGCUGCUUUAAAUGUGACAGAACCCUGCAGCACUGGCAUUGGUGGAGACUGCUUCUGUCUCUUUUACGAUGCUAAAAGCAGAGAGGUGAAAGGACUGAAUGGAAGUGGCAGAAGUCCUCAAGCCCUCACGCUCAGUUUGAUUGAGCAGUAUGGUUUUGAUGAGGCAACCCCCCCUCAUCCAUUCCAUGCCCUGAACAUCACUGUACCUGGAGCAGCAGCUGGCUGGUGUGACACUGUUGAUUUCUUUGGCAGCAAAAAGCUUUCUCUGAGUGACAUUCUGCAGCCUGCCAUUGAGCUUGCAGAGAGGGGGUUCCCAGUGGCAGAGAUCACUGCAUUCCAAUGGGCAAAAUGGGCGGAGGCCCUGGAAAGAUCCGGAAAGAAACUGGAAGCCUUCCUAAUCAAUAACCAGCCACCAAAACAUGGACAGGUGUUUAAGAACCCACUGUUAGCUCAAACUUUCAAGGAGCUUGCUGAACAUGGCAGAAGGGGAUUCUAUGAAGGAAGAAUUGCUGAGGCCAUUGUGGAGAUCAUUCAGCAGAAUGGCGGGGUCAUGUGUUUAGAUGAUCUUAAGAGUCAUGCCAGUUUGAAUGUAACACCAAUUUGCACAGACUAUAAAGGGGUGAGACUCUGGGAGAUACCUCCUAAUGGACAAGGAAUCACUGCCCUGAUUGCUCUCAAUAUAUUAGAAAACUUCUGCAUUAAAGAGAUGGGCCACAACACUGCAGAUUACCUCCACAUUCUUGCAGAAGCACUAAAACUCAGUUUUUCCGAUACGUCUCAUUUCUGUGCCGACCCUGAUAAGGUUAAAGUACCAGUUCAAGAACUUUUGUCGAAAGAGUAUUGCAAACGGCGUUCAGAACUUAUCAGCUUUCAAAAAGCAAACAGCCAGCUGGAACAUGGCAUCCCUGCAGGAAGUGACACGGUAUACUUCACUGUGGUGGACAAAGAGGGCAACGCCUGCUCAUUCAUCAACAGUAACUACAUGGGGUUUGGAACAGGUCUAGCUCCUGAAGGUUGUGGAUUUACUCUACAAAACAGAGGGGCUUGCUUCAGUUUUGCCCGCGACCAUCCAAACUGUGUGGCUCCAGAGAAGAGACCCUAUCACUCGAUAAUCCCUGCACUGGCAACAUCCACAGCGAGUGGAGAGCUUCUGUGUUCCUUCGGAGUCAUGGGGGCUCUCAUGCAGCCUCAAGGCCAUGUUCAGGUGUUGGUUAAUAUGCUGGAAUUUGGAAUGGAUCCACAGCAAGCUCUUGAUGCAGCUCGUCUUUAUGUGCAGUACAGCAAGCCUGACAAAAAAUGGCACGUGUCACUGGAAGAUGGAAUUGCAGCUUGUGUGGCCGAGGAUCUCAUGGAAAGAGGUCAUGAUGUGCAGUGGCCUGUAACUGGACAUGACCGGGCGCAGUUUGGACGAGGACAGGUUAUUGCCAGUGGGAGCUGGUGGGAAUCUUUGAGUUCAUGUGAUUCCAGUAAACAAGAAAGGGUUCUGUGGGCUGGAUCCGAUGCACGGGGAGAUGGCUGUGCGUUGGGAUAUUAGGGUUUUAACUCUCACCUCUUUAAAAAAAAAAAUAAUAAUAAUAAUAAUUUUGAUUGUUUAAGAAUGGUGCAUUUUCACUGAUUUUAUAUAAUCUGCAGAACAGUGCUGAAGAAUCAUCUUUGGGAAUUUUAAAUGUACUAAAAUGUAUUUCAUUUAAAAAUCACUCUCAAUAAAGACAUUUUCUUUUGAA